GGUGGCCGCUAGUUGCUGAGUGGUCGGUUUCGGUGGCCUCUGGACACAAGAUGCCGGAGUCUGGAUGCUUGUUUGGGAACAGCAUCCUACGGAAAGACGGGCGACCUCACUAUACUUUUACCUGACUGGCUAGAGACCCAAGAAAAAGAGACGGAAGCCCAAAAUUAUGAAAAAACAGAGUUUAUUAAUCACUAAAAUGCAACAAUACCCACAACUUCUUCUUCGAAGACCUUUACCUCCCAAACACCCUAAGCUGCCUUUAUAUACAAAGAAAACCCAUACAGCCAAGACUGGUGAAAUUGAGACACUCUCUGGAAAGUUCACUCAAGAUGAAACCAGUCCAGUUCCAAAAAAACCUGCUUUACUUGAUGUAUCUUCAGAAGAACAAGCUCAAGGUCCUAUCAAUAUCCAAGCUGACUCUUUGGAUCAAAAUGUAACAGAAGCAGUAACUGCAAUUUCAACAUCCACAAAAUCUAGAAAUGUCAGAUCCAUGUUUAUUCCAAGUUAUGCUUUAGUUUCAACUCAAUUUUUCAAGAAAAAUAUAAUAAAAAUGAAAAGAAGUUCAGAAAAGUCCACAACUAAACUACCCAAAGUAGAAAAUAUUAUUACUGAUAAAAAAUUAGAAGAUAUUUUGGUUGUUUCUUCAAAGUUCCCUCAAUCAGACGGUUCUUCGUUAGUUAACAAACGAAAGCGUGACUCUUCCAAAAGUGCAGUAUUGCCAAGUCGUCUAGUCAGUGCCUCACACAAGGCAGUAACCAUUAGUAAAGUGCUACUAGGGAUUACUCAGUUUCCAAGAAACAUUGUCCUACCAACACCGAUUUUACCAAGAAAACCUCAUCCACAGUCUAUCAUAGAAAGUCUUGCAUCAGAAAAUGAAAAGAGAGAAAGUGUUCUGAGGCUACCUGAAGGUGGCUCUAAAUAUAAAAAAACAGAAUCAGACUACGUUUUACACGGUGACGGUUUUAAGACUAUUGAGACAACACAUUCCGAAACAAUAAUAGCGAUGGCCAACCUGGCUGUGGUAACUUGCCAAGUGCAUGGAAGAAAUGCACUUAACCUUAAGGGUUUUUUUCUCCUUUAUUGUCCAGACUUCUCACCUUUGGCUUCCCAAUUGAUAUAUCUUAAUUUAUCAUUUAAUGACCUCCGUGAAUUUCCCGUAGAAAUACUUUGUCUUAAAAAUCUACAAAUACUGAAAAUGAGAAAUAAUCCCAUCAAAGAAAUUCCUUCUGAAAUCCAAUACCUUAAGUUCCUUCGAAUUUUCAGCAUUGCUUUUAAUUAUAUUCAUGUUCUUCCGUAUGGGUUAUUUUCCUUGGCCCAUCUUGAGGAACUUGAUAUUUCCUACAAUGAAAUUACUUCUAUUCCGAAUGAUAUCCAGAAACUCAGAUCACUUGACAAACUGAUUAUUGAUGGGAAUUACUUGUUUUUUCUUCCACCUGGAAUUUUGAAGCUUAACCUGACAAAAAUCCAGCUUGAGAAUACUUUCACUCAUCGUAGUUUAUGGGUCGAGAAUUGUUUCAAUAGUCCCCAACAACUUACUCACAUGUGUGCUUUGUUCAUUAUCAAAAAUGAUCUACUUGGUUCUUAUGAUAAGAUCCCACUAAAAGUUCAAAAGUUACUGAUAUGCACAUCCAGGUGUGAAUGGUGCCUUGGUCCCAAGUUUGGUGAAGGUUUUCGUAUCAUCCAAUCCUACAAUAUCUUUGGAGCAACAGAGCUUCCUGUCAUGUUUCAUGUGUGUUCUCUUUCCUGCUAUAGGAAAAUAAAGGAGAGCGGUUUUGCUUGUGAAGGUGAUCUUUAUGACAAUACAUAUUAAAAUUGAACAAGAAAGAUAAUACAGUGGUUUAUCAUUCCCUCUGUAAAGGAGGGUAAAGUUUAUGUUUAGUCAUUCCUCUCUUUGCGUACAGGUUCUGACAGAAGUGUCUUCUCAGAUGAAUUCUCUGUGUAAUCUAACUUCUUGUGAAAGUUUGUGAUUGGUAGGAACUCAUUGCAGAAUAAUCUUACUCAAAAAAGAUUAGUAAAGGCCUCUGAAUUUCAAUAAAGAUUUAGAAAAUUUCUUUCCAUAGCCUGUUUACCAUAAAAAGAAAAAUGCUCCUGUGCUUUGCAAAAAGAUUUGGUGCAUUUGAUCUUUCAAUGCAUCCUCAGUAAAUGAAAAGGUAGCAUUUUGAAGGCAUCACUGAAGUUUGUGCUACA